AUGAACAAACUCUACAUCGGCAACCUGAGCCCCGCUGUCACCGCUGACGACCUCCGGCGGCUCUUCGGGGACAGGAAGCUGCCCCUGACCGGCCCCGUGCUGCUCAAGGCCGGCUACGCCUUCGUGGACUACCCGGACCAGAACUGGGCCAUCCGCGCCAUCGAGACCCUGUCGGGUAAAGUGGAGUUACAUGGGAAGGUCAUGGAAGUCGAUUAUUCCGUCCCUAAAAAACUGAGGAGCAGGAAGCUUCAGAUUCGGAACAUACCCCCUCACCUGCAGUGGGAGGUAUUGGACGGUCUCUUGGCUCAGUAUGGGACAGUCGAGAACGUGGAACAAGUCAACACAGACACAGAGGCUGCCGUUGUCAACGUCACCUAUGCCACCCGUGAAGAGGCGCGAGGAGCCAUCGAGAAGCUCAGCGGUCAGCAGUUUGAGAACUACGCCUUCAGGGUUUCCUACCUCCCUGAUGAAGAUGGCAGCGCCCCUUCGAGAUCCCGCCGGGGAGACUCCUCUUCCAGGGAGCACGGCCACUCUCCUGGGGGCUCAGCCCAGGCCAAGCAGCUGGAAUUCCCACUCCGGAUCCUUGUCCCUACCCAGUUUGUUGGCGCCAUCAUAGGAAAGGAGGGCUUGACCAUUAAGAACCUUACGAAGCAAACCCAGUCUAAGGUAGACAUCCACAGGAAGGAGAACGCGGGGGCGUCUGAGAAGCCCGUGACCAUCCAUGCCAGCCCCGAGGGUGCCAGCGAAGCUUGUCGGAUGAUCCUCGAAAUCAUGCAGAAAGAAGCAGAUGAGACCAAGUCAGCGGAAGAAAUUCCUCUGAAGAUCCUGGCCCACAAUAGUUUGGUUGGGAGACUGAUUGGCAAAGAAGGGCGAAACCUGAAGAAAAUUGAGCAGGACACGGGAACCAAGAUCACCAUCUCUCCUCUGCAGGACUUGACCAUUUACAACCCAGAGAGAACCAUCACAGUCAAAGGUACGACUGAGGCCUGCUCCUCCGCUGAGGUGGAGAUUAUGAGGAAGCUGCGCGAGGCCUACGAGAACGACAUGGUGACCGUGAACCAACAAGGCAAUCUGAUCCCGGGACUGAACCUCAGUGCCCUUGGCAUCUUUUCGACAGGUCUGUCCAUGCUCCCUUCUGCAGCUGGGCCCCGGGGAGCUGCCGCUGCCUCCUACAACGCGUUUGCUAGUCACUCUGCAUACCUCUCAGGCCUGUACGGAGCCCCCCAGAUCGGCGUUUUCCCACAUCAGCACCCUGUGCCUGAACAGGAAGUGGUAUACCUCUUCAUCCCCACACAGGCUGUCGGAGCCAUCAUUGGCAAGAAGGGCCAUCACAUCAAGCAGCUGGCCAGAUUCGCUGGUGCCUCCAUCAAGAUUGCUCCUGCCGAAGGCCCAGAUGUCAGUGAGAGGAUGGUCAUCAUCACCGGACCGCCUGAAGCCCAGUUCAAGGCCCAGGGGCGGAUCUUCGGGAAACUGAAGGAGGAGAAUUUCUUUAACCCCAAAGAAGAAGUGAAGCUUAAGGCUCACAUUCGAGUGCCCUCCUCAGCCGCCGGCCGUGUGAUUGGAAAAGGCGGCAAAACGGUGAAUGAACUGCAAAACUUAACCAGUGCAGAAGUCAUUGUGCCCCGGGAUCAGACACCCGAUGAGAAUGAGGAAGUGGUUGUCAAGAUCAUUGGCCACUUCUUUGCCAGUCAGACGGCCCAGCGCAAGAUCAGGGAGAUCGUCCAGCAGGUGAAGCAGCAGGAGCAGAAGCAUCCUCAGGGAGCCGGGCCCUCGCCGCCACAGCAGCAGCAACGAACCAAGUGAGAGGCUGCCUCGGGUGCAGGCCAGCCGAGCCACAACAGAUGAAUGUAGCCCUUCCCGUGCCGGACAGAACAAGACCAAACACAGAAAGACAGAUCGGGGAGCGAACCAAAGACCAUCCUGAGAAAUAAGGAGGCUGCCCAAGGCUGGGACUCUGCAGAAACCUUGCUAAAGCUUGCAUCCCAGGGCGCGAUGGCCCCGGGGAUACGGUGGGGUCAGGAACACAUGAUCAUCCAGAGGCUGGACCAGGUGUGCCUGAGCAUCCCCUUUGCCCUCUCCCCCCCAACACGUGUGUGCGCGUGCACGCAAACACACACAUACGCAAACACAUACCAGGCAGGGAGCUGGCCCGUCUGGCCCCAGGGUUUCUGCAGGCUUCCCCGAUGACAGUACCCCCAUUCCCCAUACAGUCUGACUCCCAUGACUCUGUCCCUUAAGUUGGACUAACAUCAGUGGACGUGUGCAAAACAAAGCUCAAUUCUCACCCGGUUUUUGGAAGAAAAACAAAAUUGGUUCUGUACAUACACGUACAUGUAUGUACAUGUACAAGGGGUCAAGAGGCCGUGCCUACAGCAUUAAUAUAUUGUAGAAAUGAUAUAUAUCGGUAACGCAACUAACUCCAAUUUAAAAACAAAUUAUUAAUUUUUUUAUUUCCUUUGGAAGAGAAAGCAGGCUUUUCUAGAGUUUAAAGUCACCCGCUGAGAGAGCUAAAGGGGUAGAAGCGGCUUUAGAAAUGCCAGCACAAAAACUGAAGAGGGG